AUGAUCCAAAACACCACUGCCCGCGUUGAUACUUUACCAAACUACAAUGCCGAAGACAAUUUGCGCUCUUCCUUUGUGUUUUCCCAUGUUGCAGCCCUUGAUUCCGUAUUCUUGACCACCGGAGGGCUAUUUAAUUCCACCCUGUUACCAUAUUCUCUUGACUUUGCUGCUGUUGACGAUGUUGCCGAAGGACCAUUGACUGAUGCCGCAAUCUCCUUGAGCUCAAGUGCUGUUUUGUGUACCAGUGGAGUUACACAAACACACUCCAAACCGAUUCAAAUGAAUGAGUUUGUCGCUGCCGAAUUUAACGGGUACCGAACCCCAAUUGGGAAAUCAGAUGUCAAUAUCGUGGCAGCUUUGAGAGGUGCGGUUGUCGAAUUAGUUGAGUAUGGUCUUCCUGUUGCAAAGGUACCAACCUUGACAGAUGUUUUAGGUUACUUCUCCAUUGAUGCUGGUUUCAAAAUCUUAGUGGUGUUCAUAUUUAUUUUGCAAAUUAAACCAUUAUUCGGGUAUGUUGACGAAUCUGCAUCCAAGGAAACAACAGAGCUCAUAGUGUUGUUGCAAAAUAAUAUUGCACAAAUGGAAAACGAGAUUGCGAAGCGACACAAAAUAAUCUCACAAAGACAAGAAUCUAAGCAGAUUAUGGAAAUUGAGAUUGAGGGAACCACUUUAGGCUCAUCAGAUAGUAGCUCUGAAGUCUUUUCUGGUAAUGAUAAUGAUCUGAGUAAAGAGUUAAUAAUUGCAGAUAGUUUUGAGAUUAACCAGCAGCGUGCUGUGUCUGUUGAAUUAUCAAUAGUUGCAAGUACUGAAGAUGAAGACGACGAUCAGGAGGAAGAAGAAGAAGAAGAAGAAGAAGAAGAAGAAGAAGAAGAAGAAGAAGAAGAAGAAGAAGAAGAAGAAGAAGAAGAAGAAGAAGAAGAAGAAGAAGAAGAAGAAGAAGAAGAUAAUGAUGAUGAUGAUGAUGAUGAUGAUGAUGAUGAUGAUGGUGGUGGUGAGUGUGUUGAAUAUGAAGGCUGCUUAUUUUCAGUGGACUCAAAAAAUAGUAACAUUCUUUACUUCAGGCAUAUAGACACCGGUUUGCUUGGCUACCAGGAAAAUGAUAAGAUUUUCUUGUUCAUAGAUGGCCAGUUUGAAGAAGUUGAUCAGGAGGACUAUGGGUGUUAG